CUUUUGUAGUGAAGAAGUUGAGGCUUAGUUGCCCUACAUUCCCUACAAUUACCAGAGUCUGCAGAUAACAAGACAAUGAUGAAUCUGCCUGCUGAAAUCUCACAAAUGGAAUGACAUCUUGGCUGGAAUUUCUGGGCAGUUGUCCCGAUCCGGUUAAAGAUUCCAAAUUUCAUCAAACUAUUAACUAAAGACUCGAUUGUCUCCACUCUCCAGUUUCCCAGGCCACGCCAGUUGGACUUGGAGUUGGCCAACAAGUCAAGUCCCAAGAUCGGAAUCCCAAGAAGAGGCCAAGUCCAAUCAAAACGUGAAGGACAACGCAAGACGACUUCCAGAGCACCAACUGCAGCAACAAUACUGGAAGCUGGAAACAUUUAAUUGAGUUGACUGAGCUGAGUCACACAGUGUUAGCUUACCUUCAAAAGUCAAAAUGGGCAGCAUAAAUAAAAGUGACAGGAUAACCCUUAGAAUUAUACAUCCCAUGAAUGGGAACAACAAAGAAUUCAAUUUUGUGCCUGAAGACACUGCAGCAGAUGUAGCACAGCAUGUCUUUGACAACUGGCCACCAGAUUGGGAGAAUCACAGAGUGCGGUCAGCCCAUAUACUACGAUUGAUAUACCAGGGAAGAUUUAUUCAUGGAAAUGUAUCAUUAGGAGCUUUACAGUUGCCUCUUGGUAAGACGACAGCAAUGCAUAUAAUGGCACGAGAAACCCUACCAGAACCCAACUCACAAGGACAGAGAAACCGAGGAAAAACAGAGGAGAGUAAUUGUUGUGUGAUUCUCUGAAAGAAACUACUUGGAAAAAAACGUGAUAACGUUCACAAACUGAACUUUCUAUGAAGAUCCUGAUACCAUCCAUUUAUUGUUGGACCUCGUUCUAACUCAUUCUCAGAGUCGAUUUUGAAACGUUGAACAAUCAUUCCUACAUGCCCAAACAAGAAGUAUCAUCAGUGUAUCAUCUCAACAUGGAAUCUUGUGCAUGCUUCGUUCGCAUAGUUUAUAUAUUUUUUGAUUUGUAUGCAAGGGCUGUUGGCCCUCAGGAAAUGGUCACAAGUCGUAUUCAGACAUUGAUUCGGUAGACAGACAUGCCUGCGUUUCUAGUGCUAUGUGAAACCUUAUGUGUGUGUUGAUUAAAUGAUUCAAUGAUACUGUCCAUUCGGAGACAGAAUAACCAGUAUCUGUAUACCACAUGAAAAUUCCUUCCGGUUGUGAGUAAAUUUUAUGGGUUUUUUUUGUGUGUGUAAAUUUCCCAAUAAAAUAAUAACAUUUUUGUAAUGUGUACACUAACCCUACUAUAAGAAAGAAAAACAUUAAUGGGAGUUUUGCAUGUCUAGAUUAGAUUACUUCAAUUUAUUGUAGCUUAUAAGUAGAACCAUAUUAAUUUAAAAAAAUUAAAAGUAUGAAUGUGUUAAGGGAGACUAAUUUUAUAUCUCUUUGCUUGUAAUACCAUCUAUAUAGGUAAUUGGCUCUCGAUGAAAAUACAUGUACAAUUGUACAUACAUGUACAGUUGUGCUCAGAAGUAAGUGAACCCCAUCACAAAAUGCACUCUGUCAUGCUAAAUAUUGAAUGUAGACAACAACACUAAAAAUUUUGGUGAGCCCAGAGAUACAAACUUCAUUGAAUGAAAUAUUUUAUCACCUGACUUUGCAAUCAAAUAUCUAAAACAUGACAAAACUUAGAACACUUUGAAUUCAUUCAAUUUCUAGGGGGUUCACUAACCUUUGUGCACCCCUGUAUACAUUUCACAUGUAGUUUAUUUUCAUUCAAAGAAGAGAAAUCAAUUUCAAUUCUCCAGAAAACAUUGUACAUUUGAGUGUAAGAAGAGACCCAAGUUGAGUAAAGUUUAUUUCAAGUGAAUUACAGAAAGCUAAAUGAUUCUUGUGUAUGUUCAACAAGGAUUCAGGUCAGUUUAUCAUCCAUUUUUCCUAGAUGGAUUUCCAGGAUCUCUCUUCUUCACAUCCAUUAUUGAAUUUGAUGUCUGAAAAUAAUGAAGAUAAUAAUAAUAAUAAUAUAGGAUUUGUAUAGCACAGGUUAGCACACCGUGUUAGGAGCUCAAGGCGCUCCUAUAUUACCCUGGCUAAACUUGUCUAACUAUUCUAGUGCUCAUAUCUUUUUGAGGAAUUACUUCCAGUUAGUACUCAUUUACCUCACUUGGGUUGAGUGCAGAUUAAUAUGAGUCAAUUUCUUGCUGAAAGAAAACAUGCCAUGACUGGGAAUUGAACCCAUGUCCCUCAGAUUGAAAGACAAAAAUUGGAAAUUGUUACAACAGGCAAGCUUACAUACUGUAGUCUCAUUGGAUGAAAUUUGAAAUACAUGUAUGUGUCAAGUGCCAAUCCUAAUGAAGAACAGGUAAAAGUAAUAUGUUGCAUGCCAAAUCCAAAUUGGCUUCUCAAAUUGUUUAUGCGUCCAUUCAAAUCCGGAUUUAAAAAAUCUGUGGAAAAUAUUAAAAGUUUUGCUAAUUAUUAAUCAGGCUGCCAGGUAAUUACAUAUUAAUGUCCUUCCCACCCCCUUCAUAAAAAAAAUAGGUUUCUCGAAAUACUGAGAAUGAGAUACUCCACACAUUUUGUUCACUCUACAUGUACUUUUUUUUCCUGUACUGAACCUAGAAUUUUUUUUUCACAAUAUUGCUAUUCACUCUAUACAUGCUAUAUUUUAGAAAUUUGUGAAGGCUCAUUUUUUACCAAUGAAGAAUGACUUAGAAUACAGGGAAAAUAGUGCCUUUAAUCAUCUAUCACUCAUGCAUGUAUGAUUGAUGUAUCAUGCACUUAAGGAGGAAAUUCAUCAUGUUUGUUUAUUGAAAAUUGGAACACAGCCAUGAUUCUAAUCUGAAAAAAUGUUAAUAUAUGUUGAAUGGAUGAGUGAAGGGAGUCUGGAACACCCAUGCACUAUUUAUCAAUUUUCAAAUGCAUUUUGGCACAAAAAUAUCUAGAACACUAUUGGGAGGUACAUGUAUGUGCAGUAACUAAACAACAAAUAAUAAUGUUAAUAAUAGGAAGUCAUUGUUUUCAAACAGAAUGCAGUUACUACAUUUAUUGUUUUCUUUUAAUUGAAAUUCCUGUGCGUGUAUUAUUGGUCAAGUCAUUUAGAAUUGAUUUGACGAGCAAUUUAAAGGGGUACUAAAGGCAGAAAUUAAUGUGAUUCGAACAGAUGAAGUAAAAUCACACAAAAAAAAAUCAUCAGAAUAGUGGGCAAAAGUUUGCAUUGUUUUGAUGAAACAGUUCUGUGCAUGUCUUCACGAGCAUGGAAUGCUCCAGCCGAAGAUAUCAUAUCCCACUUUUGUAUUUUAUUAUAUUUAUCAAAUUUUGUCCUCCAAGAAUAAAAACAGAUUUGGAUCGACUCUUGAAUUAUUUUGUGAGAUAAUCAUUGUUGCAACUAUUUUGUUACAAGCAAGACAUAUCAUAUACACAUGUAUGAACAAUAAUUAAUAUGAUUGUAUGUAAUGAUGUUAGAAAAAGGAAAGUAGGGUAAUUACAUCAUCAGCUCACGUAUUGUAUAUUCAUGAAAGCAUUCAUGUAACAAUUCAUACAAGCACAUUUUUAAGAAAUGAAUUUUACAGAGCAAUUUUCAAAUUUGCAUGAAUUAUAAUAACAGAAAAAAUCAACCUGAUUAUGACUUCAAGGAAUAACAUGAAGAUACUUCAGACGAACUUAAUUGCAACCACGAGGUCUGUUUACAUUGCAAAUGAAUUUCAAACAGGAAAAAAUAUAUUUUUUUUAAUUCUCAUAAUAGACUGAAUACAUUAAUGUGGAUUCGAAGAAUACAUACACACUUCUAAAAAGAGAUUGCAUUUCAUAGUCUAUAUAGCUUGGAACAUAAUUGUUGGUAAAUAAUUAAGAACAUUAAGCAUAAAAAAAAUACUGUUACAGUAUACUUUCUAUGGUUUUGGGUGGAUUAUUGAAAAAUGCAAUGGUGGGUAAAAGUAAAAAAAAACAAUGUUUAAAACGUUGGUAUCCCUGCCUUAGAAAAGUCUAAAUCGUAUUUAAAUCAAUAUAAGAAUUAUGCCUUUGUCCACUUUAUACUGCAUCUUGAAGUGGUUCAAAACACUUAUAGUAGGAAAAAAUAUGUUUGAUAACUGCAUGAUGUAAUAAUAACCUUCACUGAAGAAUUAUGAUAAUGUUCACAUUGGGCUGUUUCCAUGGCAAUGAAGGAUUUUGGAUGGAGCUUGAUUUUGUUGACAAUCAACUAUUUCAAUCUCCUGGAUACUAAUGAAUUUAAUGAUGCAUCUACAAACUAAUAAACUGAUUUUGUUUCAAUUUAUGGGAUUUUUUUUCAUAUGGUUUCUUCUUUGUUUAGGUCAAAUAAAAAAAAUAGCAUACAACAUUAGAAAGUUUAUAGAGUAAGCAGCAUGGGGAGGGGAAGGGAUGAGAAACAACAAAGUACACAUUAAUUUUUAUCGAUUUUUUUCUCACUAUUUUAUCCACAUCAUUAUAUAGGCAUACAUGAAUAUUUAUAGUGCAAAAUUGGUUAGCACAAGAAUUUUUUAAAAUCCAUUUUAAAUUGUAAUUUUUUUAUUGUUGUACUUCCUCUUAAAUAGUGAUUAACUGUAAUUUUCAUAUUGAGUUAUUAAUGCAACCAUAUUCGGGCGAGUCAGGGUACAAAAUAAAUGUGUCUGGAUUGCAUAUCAUAAUUCUCUUGUCUUAUGAAAGGUAUUUGGUUGUGUGUUGUUAAAGAUAGGUAACCUUUAGUGGUCGAGUUUCUGCAAAAAGGUCGCAACUGCUAAGUGUUUCUGAUGAUGCUUAGUGCAUUACAGAUCUUGAAAGAACCUAAUUCCUGCUAAUAUUUAACCAAAUGAAUAGAAAUGAGUGGUUCUUUUUUUUUUUUAUAAAACCCUGAAUUUAAUAUUCUUCAUCCUGAAGAAUUAUCUUCACAAGUAAGAAGUAUAUGUCCUUAUUAAAGGAACAUUUUCUUUGCAGAAGUAGAAUGAUCUUUUAAAAGUAAAAUCUCCUUGAUUUUUUAUUUGUUUGUAAGGAAUACAUUGCCCUGUAGGUAUUUAAAGAUGAUAAAAGUCCAAAGGUUUUUUUUUCUUUCCUGCGUACCACGGUGUGCCAGGUAUUAUGACACAAUCCACAAGUCGAUACAAUGUACACUGCCAAGUGCUAUCAACCUCUGAGUUGGAGUGAUUGAAGGAGCAUUUCUUUUUAAAUGAGUGAUUUUUAAUUUUGUUGGUUUGAUUAAAAGCAAUGAUUUGAUGUUGUAAAUUUCUUUGUAAAUGUGGCAAGCUGGAGACUGUGUGUGUAAAUUAAGAAUGACAAGACUCUGUAUAAAACAUGUACAUGAUUUAGAUAAGAAUUGAUAAAAAUGACUUUAACAAAUGCAAUUUAUAUUAUGUGAGCAUGAUGUUUGUCUGUAUACACCAUAUAUAUAUAUACUAACACAGAUAGAUAUAUUUAAAUAGAAUUAGAAGAACAAACAGUAUAUUUAAUGUAUACUACACAAACACAUUUUAUAGUUUAUACAGAAUAAUAAGAAAUAUUGCUGAAUAUUUCAAGAAUUUGGAAUGAAAUGUUUGAGAGAUAAAAACAGGAAAACAAAGUUUACUUCUUUUGUUUAUUUUUCCUCGUCAUUUCCCGUUUCCAAUUUUGAUUUUAAUCUUGUAAAAUUAUAUGAUAAUAUAUAUGUGUGUGGUAUAAUACAGAUUGCAUGAAUAGAAUAUCAAUACUGUGUUCAUUAACAUCCAUACUAUGUUUAUAAUUAGUGAUUUCUUUAUUCAUGUUCUUGCAUAAAUCAACAUAAUUAUAGAGAGUUUACAUGUACAAUUAUGUAUAGAUUUUUUUUCUCAUUUGCAUCUAAUUCAUAUUUGUUUAUUUUGCUUGGAAUAUACUUAUUGAACCAUCUCAUAGAAGUAAUCUUUUUUUAAAGAAAAAGAAAAUUGUUACAUUGGCCAUGUUAUGUAGCACAAAUUACUAGGUAAUUAUUCAGUGUGUUUGUAAAAAUAUCACCAAAUGUACAACAUACCAAUUAUAUGCCCAUUUCUUACUUGUAAAUAACACACUUUUUCCUUUCAUGUUUUGUUUAUUUUUCAUUCUCUAGUUCAAUGUGAAACAGGAAAAAAAAUCUCACACUUGUGCCUACUCCCUCAUACUAAAAAAAAGCAAAAUAUUAUUGUUACCUUAUGAUAGAAUGAAGUUUUAUAUGCUUAUGAGUAUUUCAAUAGUGUUCAUUUUAUGAUAACAUUGUGUUUUAAGUGUCAGAAUUCAUGGAAAGUUGCAAAAAAUGACAUUUGGAAAGUGAUUUUGAGAUGUUGGAUUUUAACUGAUGAUGGGUCGGAUGGCCAAAGACCACCACAACCCACGCAAGGUAUUUUAAUAUAUAUCGUUUUGAUUUCAGAGAGAAGAUCCAUCACAAAGCUUCCAUGACAACUUAAAUGUUUUUUUUUCAAUAGAAUUUCUAACUAUCAAUAAUAUUUCAAACAUGGGAUGUUUUCAUGAGAUGGCCCCUGACCAUUACAAAUUUGAGAAAUUGGUCUAUGAAAGUCAUAUGAAUUCCUGGUUUUUGCUCUUAUGUUGGAAAUGUUAUAAUUUGAACACAGGUGGGCAAAAUAUUUUUUUUUUCUUGACUGUUCUAUAUGAAACCAUUUCAUUUUCUACCAAAGUUUUCACAUAUUUACAUAUGUAAUUUGUAUUUUGAUAGACACACAACACUGUCUGUGUACCUGUUAUAUGAUUGAGAGGUUAAUCUGAUUGGUUGUAGAUUCCUAAUACACAGUCAAGAAACAAAAUGAUAAACAAAACAAUAGCCUUGUAUUUUGGUAGAGAUAUCACAGCAGACUGACUGCAUCAUGGGAUAAUACAACUUACAUUCCUAUUCAAUUUAAUAGUGCCACAUUUUUAUCUCGGUGUACGGUAAUCACAGUAGUCUAAACCAAGAUCAUUGUAUUGAGGAAAAAUCUCAUUCUAUUUUUCUUUAUAGUGGGAAGAAUCCUUGCUUUUCCACAACUUUUUCAUAUGGUCUUCAGGUUCUACCAAUAUGGAACAUUUCACACUAUCAAAAAAAAAAAUUCUUUCUGUCAUUAAAACCAAAGAAGCAUAAAAUAAAUAUAUUUAAAUGUGUAUAGUCUUACAGGACUGAUUGGUCCCCAUUAAUAUUCAGAUUCAAUUGUGGGGAACACUCUGUGAACUAAAAGUAAAUUUAGCAUAUAGUAAUGUAUUAUCCCAGCCAUAACCAACUUAUAUCUAAUUCUAAUAUAUAUUAGGAAAUUGGAAUUUGAAUAUUCAUAAAUAUUUGUAAAUACAUACAUGAUAUAGCUGUGUGAAUCUAAUUCUGUAUGUAAAAAAAAAAAAUCAGAAAACCAGUCAGUGCAAAUUAAUGCCUUUCCAUUGUAAUUGAUAUGGUACUUUCUCAACUGUCUAUACGAGUAGUGAGAUGUUAACAUGACAAAUGACUGCAUACAGAUUAGAUGUGGAUCAAGAGCUAGAUGCUUCCAUGGUGCAAACGUGUCUGAAAAUAUUGUCAAGGGGGAAAAACGGUCAUCGCUCAUUUUACGGGGUGCACAAUGAAGGCAUACUGUCUGGUGCACCAUCACAUUUUCCAAUUUUACAGGGUGCACAGUGAAGGCAUACUACGUCUGGUGCACCAUCACAUUUUCCGAUUUUACGGGGUGCACCCGCACCUUCUGCCCCCUUGGAUCUGCCCCAGUACAUAGAUACCAUGUAUAAGCCAGUUCACGGUUAGCUUAUGAUCAACUUUUCUCAAAUGACCUUUUUCAUUAGGAUAAGCACUAUCAUUUUCAAAUUUAGAUGUUGUGUAAGCAUUACCGGUAGAGUAUUCAAAUUCUAAGAACAAAAGGCAUUGUAUAGACCAGGUGACUAGAAUAGUACAUCAGGGAUAAAGUUUGAAAAUCUGUUUUAUUGUCUGCCUUUGGCACAGUUGACUAUUGUUUAGGCUACUGUCAAAUACCAGUGAUUAUGAAGGCUCUAUUUAUUACUCUUCAGUGAUAAAAUGAAUAUUUUGAAAGGAAUACAUGAAUAAUCAUCAAAUCACAAAUGCCUAUGUCAGUGAAUUUGAAAGCCACCUUCAUGGAUUAUCUCAAAUGACCUUUUUCUGCUCAUGCGCAGUUUACAACUGUGAAUAGGCUUAUUAGUAAGACAGAUAUUGAUUUGGGGGGGGGGGGUAUAAAAAAUGGAUACGGUCAGUAAUUCCCUUCAUUGAAGAGUUUAUCAAUGAGUAAAGGAAUCUUGUUUUCUUGAUUUCAAUUAAGAAUAACUGAUUAACAGAAUUGAAAAGAGAUAAAACUAUUCAUGGACAAGGUAAACAGAACCAUGUGUACUAGAUUGAGAGUAGGAUAUGAUAAAUACGAAAACAUAGUAUUUGAUGGAAAAUAUUGGUAUCUGAAUAAGAAUAAUCCUGUAAGUGUUAGAGAAUGGAAAUAACUGAUUUAUGCUUUGUACAAUAGUAUGCACUUUAAGAAUCUGUAUUUCUGUUAGAUAAUACAUAAUGUCAUGAAUGUCUAAUCCACAUAUACAGAAGAAGUUGAAGGUCAAAAAGAUUGUAAACUGGAUAUAUUUUCACUCUUAAAUAAAGAUGAUUAUAAAAAUCGUUUGAACUUUCAAGACUGUUAUGGUGCUUAUCUACGCAAAAUGCAAGAUGGGAAUUCAAGUGAGGAAAGUUAUGAUCAGGCACUUGACAUUCCUCAACAUCAUUCUCUUACAUUCUUCCGAGGCAUUUUGCACAUCCAUUUAUGCAUUUGUAAAUUGGUUCAUAUGAGGCAUGAUACAGUGCUAUUAUGAAAUGUCUCCAGAUGAAAAGUCAAUUAUUUUUUCUUGAACACAAGUGAAUGGUAUUUUCGGCAUAAUAAGUCUCAGAGUACUGUUCUCUUUUCAAGACAUUUGUAAUGACUCUCCACAAUCUUGAUAUAGGUCUCGCUGUACGGUUUCAUUUCAUCACCAAGUGUGAAUAAUGCCUCAGCUCCAAUUAGUGAGCAUGAGAAAUACCCACACAUCUCGAAUGUUACAUUUCAAAUUUACCUCAAAAUCACUGUGUUUAAGCUUUUCAGAAUCUUAAUUUGUUAUCAGUUACAGUCUAUGGUUUAAUGACAUGUAAGUGUAUGAAUUGUGGUGGCAAAAUGCAGCAAGGCUUUACAAUUUGAUUUUAAUUGGACUUUGUUUCCUUCCCAGUUCACUGUAUUUGCUUAAAUGACAUUUGCUUUGCAUUUCACAUUUUGCCGGAAAACGAGCAAUGGUUUACACUGUAUAGCUCAACUAAGAUAAGAUUUUGAUUGAGGAUUAUAAUAGACAUUAUGUACAUGCAAUUUGUAUUGCAAGUGAAUAUAAAUAAAUAAAUUUUUAGUAAGAUUGGUAAAUAUCCGAGCUUAAGUUUGAAAUUUAUAAAAUUAUUUAAUGAUUAUAUAAUCUUUAGUUUGAAAACUCAAGGUGAAUAAACUUUUUAUGAAAUAUGUAGGGAAUUAUGUGUAAAAUAUGAUGUUCAAAAGUAUAUAUUUUUGCUUCAUUCCUCUGAAUUCUAUCUUAAUCUCUCUUUUUCUCUUUCUCUCACCUUCUCCUUUCUCUCUUUUGCCACUUUCCCCACACUCUCUCCAUCUGCCCUUCUUUUAUUUUCCCUCUCAUAAAUAAAUUAACUCGCUUCAUUACUGUUUUUUUCUUUGAAUUUACUUGAAUUUGAAACAUUUUAAGACUGGCUAGAAUUCAGAUUAAAAUAAAAAUGUUUUAAAUACUGCAUGAUGUUGAUUCACCAUGCUCUUCUCAAUACAUUGACCAAUUCACAGUGUAUGUAGUGUGUUAAAGUAUAGUUGAUGAUUGAAUGUGAAUAUUUAAAAUUAGUUGUACCUGAUAUUUUUGUAAUAGUUCAUAAUCAUUUUGUUAUUGAAGAUUUUGUUUACCAUGCAAAUAGUACAAGGGUCUUUUUAUUCUGCACCUUGGUUGUAAAUGAUUAUCAUCAAAUACGGCAAUAAAGACAGAAUGAUUGCUGUAUUAACCAA